AGGCGGCGCAGAGGCCUUGAAAAAAUCUCCAACCAAAAAACAGAAGCUCGAUCAUCGCCCUGCUGGCCGCUAUUUUGGACGCGCGGCCGCUUCGUUUUACAGCUUUAGGUGUUUGUAGCACCUAUUACAACCCCCUCGGUGUGCCGCACAAGCGAGCGCGCUUACGGAGGCGAUCGCGGGGUGAUACUGGCCACCAGCUGCCUGAGUCCGGAAGUCCUUAAACGGCCGUCGCGCCGCAGUAUUCCGCGCGGAAGCCGUCGGGCGACCGUCCCCGCACCCGCGCUGCCCCGCGCGGCGCUGCGCACACGCGAAUAACCGCCGUUCGAAGCCGCCGGCCGGCCGCCGGCACGAGGCAAGCAUGAGCGGCACAAUAGACCGCCGCGGCGCGACGCCCCCCGACUUCCUCGUCAAACUCCUGACCAUGGUCGGCGACGAGGCGCCGGACCUCAUCUCCUGGACGGGCGGCAAGCUCUAUAUUCACGACCCCGUGGCGUUGGAGCGAAAAAUGUCGGUCUAUUUUAGACAUUCGAACUUCUCGUCCUUCCAGCGCCAGCUCAACAACUUCGGCUUCCGGAAAGUGGAAGGCAAGGGCAAAUUAGCACCUUGUAUGUACAUGCACGACGACCUCGUCGGACGACCGCCCGAAGCUAUAUUGACGAUCCGGCGGAAGCCGGCCACUUCUGCCGCGUCUGAUAGAGGUCAACCUGAUGCCAAAAGGCAGCGGAGGCAGAAGGCACCAGCUCCUAGGCCGGCGCCGCCGCCGCCGCGGCCGUUCGCGAGCGAAGAUCUGCCGCCCUACCGACCACCGCGGCCGCUCGAGGCGUUCACGGGCGUCGAGAGCGCGCGGCCGAUCCCGCUGCCGGGCAUGCCCCAGGUCCCGCGCGACCAGUACGUCGAGGCGGCCACGCAAUUGAACGAUAGCUUCGAGAGCGGCCUGCUGCUGUCCUUCCUCGAGGCGUCGGACAAGGGCGCCAUCGCGCCGUCGCUGCUCUCGCAGCUGGUAGGAGGCGACGAGUUCCGGCCACCGCCGCCGCAGCCCGCGCGGCCGUCGAACGACACGAGCGACUGGCCGGGCGCGGCGCUCGGCGGCGACUUCGGCUUCACGGACGACUUCAACCUCUUCGGCAAGAAGAUGUCCUUCAGCGGCGACGACCUGCUGGGCGGCGGCUACAGUCCCGGCGGGUUCAACGCGCAGCCGCGGAUGCAGCGCGCGGGGAGCCGCGACUGAUUCCCUCUCGUCUUCCCUGGGUACAUCGGUCAGUGUAUGACUC